AUAAUUAUUUAUUGGUAUUUGGUGCUGCUACCUAUAUGCUAAGGUGUAAAGCCAAAAAAACAAUCUGCGUGUUAUCGAUUAGAUCGAACACCACUGAUUGAAUUCCUCGGUGUUUCGUAUGAAAUGCCGAUUCCUUCUUCUCUCUCUCUCUAGAAUUCCGCACUUUUUCACCUUGAUUUGAUUUUUUUUUGUUUUUUUUUUUAAUUUGACUUCGUUACGGAAGGAUCGCGGCGGGGGGAAUUAAUCGUGAAAUUGAAUGGAGCCGCGCGUGGGUAAUAAGUUUCGUUUGGGUCGGAAAAUUGGGAGUGGCUCUUUUGGAGAGAUCUAUCUAGGUACUAAUAUUCAGACGAAUGAGGAGGUUGCUAUUAAGCUUGAAAAUGUCAAGACAAAACAUCCUCAGUUGCUCUACGAGUCAAAGUUGUACAAACUACUCCAAGGAGGAACUGGAAUUCCAAAUGUCAGAUGGUUUGGGGUUGAAGGAGACUAUAAUGUUCUCGUGAUGGAUUUAUUGGGACCUAGUCUGGAAGACCUGUUUAACUUCUGUAGUAGUAAGCUGUCUCUAAAGACUGUUCUCAUGCUUGCGGAUCAGAUGAUCAAUCGGGUAGAAUUUAUUCACUCUAAAUCUUUCCUGCAUCGAGAUAUUAAGCCCGACAAUUUUCUCAUGGGUUUAGGGAAGCGUGCAAAUCAGGUUUAUGCCAUUGAUUUUGGACUUGCCAAGAAAUAUAGAGACUCCUCAACUCAUCAGCAUAUCCCAUAUAGAGAAAAUAAAAAUUUGACUGGAACAGCCAGAUAUGCAAGCAUGAAUACGCAUCUCGGCAUUGAACAAAGUCGCAGGGAUGAUCUAGAAUCACUUGGAUAUGUUCUCAUGUACUUCUUAAGAGGAAGCCUUCCGUGGCAAGGACUGAAAGCUGGAAAUAAGAAACAGAAGUAUGAGAGAAUUAGCGAGAAAAAAGUUUCAACUUCCAUAGAGGCUUUAUGUCGCGGCUAUCCCACUGAAUUCGCUUCUUACUUCCAUUAUUGCCGCUCACUUAGAUUUGACGAUAAGCCAGAUUAUGCUUAUCUGAAGAGAAUUUUCCGCGACCUUUUUAUUCGCGAAGGUUUUCAGUUAGACCAAGUGUUUGAUUGGACUAUUUUGAGAUACCAGCAGUCACAGCUAGCCAAUCCUCCAUCGCGUGCCCUUGGUACUGCAGCUGGGACAAGUUCUGGGAUUCCACAUGCUAAUAUUGACAGACUAUCAGGUGGCGAUGAGGGUAAAGCCGCUGGUUGGGCUGCAACUCGUGGGAGAAACUUAUAUAAUUCUGGAAAUUUGUCUAGGCAGAAAGGUCCAGUUGCUACUGAUUCUGCUUUGUCUAAAGACUUAUCUAGUUCCAACAUUUUCGGGCAGAUCGGAUCAGCAAGGCGGCCAGCUGUCUCCGGCAGUCGAGAUCCAGACAUUUCAGGUACUGAUAACGACCUUCGACACGCUCGUGACACAGAUGGGCCCCACCACAGAAAUCUCAGCGAUGCACAAAGAACUAUGCCAGCAUCUUCAAACGAUAACAAGCGCUCAUCCUCUUCCACCAGAAACCCCCCAAACGUAAAAAAUUUCGAAUCUACCCUCAAGGGUAUGGAGAGCCUCAACUUUGGCAAUGACGAGAGAACACAUUACUAGCCUCGGAUCAUAAGAUACCUCUUUCUCACUUAUUCCCUGUGUAAAUAUAUGCUAUAUAUCUAUUUAGCACUGUGGGGAAUCUGUUGUUAUGUUCAGCAAAGAAAAUCUGUCCAAGGAAAUUGGAAGAAAGGAAAAAAAAGCACAUAGUAAAGAAAGAGAAAGAUCAUGAAGAAUCAAGAAAGAUCACUAAACUCGAGGAAACCAAAAAAAAUUUCGAGAUUGGUGAUGUUAUAUCAGCAGUUUUAAGAAGACUUGGGUGUGGUUACUACCAUCUACCACUUAAGAUGAUGCUUAUUUAUAAUCUUUAGCCUUUUACCUCUUAUUUGUUGUACCUCCAAUUCUUUUAAUUUGCCAAUAUGAUGGCCUGUGUUUUAUCAAGCUUUUUUACUCUAUAAAGUGCUUAUAAUUUGAUUUCAAUUAAGUUUCAACUUUUAUUCUAGAAUGUCACUUGGCUGAGAAGUUGCAUAAAAUCAUUUGAGAUUUUUUGAGCUUU